GAAGAGAGAGAGGAGAGAAGGAGGCUACAUUAAACCCAGACCAGAACCAAAGAAAGCUUAUAUAAGAUACUCUCUCUCUUCAUCUCGGCACAGCUUUCUUCUUCCGCCUCCCUCCUCUGGUGCUACAUUUAUUUGUGUUGCUCUCUACUUCUGUUUUCUCUUAUUAGAGGAGCAGAAGCUCUGGUUCGUGGAGAUUAUUGGAGAGAGAGGGAAGAGAAAGCUGGGCUUUCUAUGCGGUUUGCCUUUAAGGCUUGCUUGUACGAGUUUAGAGGAUUGAGAUUCGAACGGAGUUUGUUCUAGUCAUCUCUUGUGUGGCUGAGCCAGGCCACUGACAUUCCAGCUCCACCACCAUUGUUUUGCGUAUAUCGGAAGCAAAACCACCAGAAAAGAAGAAAUAUUCGUUCUCUUUUCGCAAAGGAACUUCUUUAAAUUCAUGCAGAUCUAGUGGGUUUCUUUAACGAACUGUGCCGUUCAGUCAUCUGAUACUCUUGUUCCUAGCUUCCUACUCGCUUCUCCUCUGCAUUUGCUUUUUUCAGAGCAAAAGACAGAAAUGGAUCGGCUUUCGUCGACAACUCUUCUUCCUGAUGCACUUCAGGGAACGAGAGACGACAUUUCUGAGCAACUUGGGGUAGUUUGGAGUCAGAUCAAAGCGCCAGUGAUCGUACCCCUCAUGAGCAUUGCGGUGGCCGUGUGCUUGGCGAUGUCACUGAUGCUCUUCUUCGAGAGGGUCUACUUGAGCAUUGUCAUCGUUCUUGUAAAGCUCUUUGGGCGAAAACCAGACAAGCGUUACAAAUGGGAGCCCAUGAAAGACGAUGUAGAGUUGGGAAGCUCGGCUUACCCGAUGGUUCUGGUUCAAAUCCCAAUGUACAACGAAAAGGAGGUUUACCAGCUCUCAAUUGGAGCUGCAUGUGGACUCUCAUGGCCCUCCGAUCGUAUCAUAAUUCAAGUCCUGGACGAUUCAACCGACCCCACAAUCAAGGACUUGGUGGAGCUAGAAUGUCAGAGAUGGGCAAGCAAAGGCAUAAACAUCAAGUACGAGAUAAGAAGCAACAGAAAUGGGUACAAAGCAGGAGCUCUCAAGGACGGAAUGAAACACAGCUACGUUAAGCAGUGCGAUUACGUAGCUAUCUUCGACGCCGAUUUCCAACCCGAACCUGAUUUUCUGUGGCGCGCCGUUCCCUUUCUCGUCCACAACCCUGAAAUAGCUCUCGUUCAGGCUCGUUGGAAAUUCGUGAACUCGGACGAGUGUUUGAUGACUAGGAUGCAAGAGAUGUCAUUGGAUUACCAUUUCGCCGUGGAGCAGGAAGUGGGCUCCUCCACCCAUGCCUUCUUUGGAUUCAAUGGGACAGCGGGUGUAUGGAGAAUUGCUGCACUGAACGAAGCUGGGGGAUGGAAGGAUAGGACAACAGUGGAGGAUAUGGAUCUGGCAGUGAGGGCUAGUCUCAAAGGCUGGAAAUUUGUCUACCUUGGUACUCUCAAGGUUAAAAAUGAGUUGCCUAGUACCUUUAAAGCCUACCGCUACCAACAGCAUCGGUGGUCGUGUGGCCCUGCUAAUCUUUUCAGGAAAAUGGUAAUGGAGAUUGUAAGAAACAAGAAAGUGUCUUUGUGGAAGAAGGUCCAUGUGAUUUACAGCUUCUUCAUAGUUAGGAAGCUUGUAGCUCACAUUGUCACCUUUGUCUUUUACUGUGUGGUACUACCAGCAACUGUUUUGGUUCCUGAUGUUGAGGUUCCCAGGUGGGGAGCAGUUUAUAUCCCUACCAUCAUUACCAUCCUCAAUGCAGUUGGAACUCCAAGGUCACUCCACUUAAUGGUUUUCUGGAUCCUUUUUGAGAAUGUCAUGUCCCUACAUCGGACCAAGGCUACCUUGAUUGGACUGCUGGAAGGCGGUAGAGUUAACGAAUGGGUUGUAACUGAGAAGCUAGGAGAUGCUCUCAAAGUUAAAGCAGCCACUAAGGCACCCAAGAAACCACGAUUCAAGAUUGGAGAAAGACUCCAUUUGCUGGAGCUUGGAGUUGGAGCUUUCCUCUUCUUCUGUGGCUGCUAUGAUGUUGCCUUUGGAAGAAAUCACUACUUCAUGUACCUUUACGUUCAAGCUAUUGCCUUCUUCAUUGUGGGGUUUGGUUAUGUUGGCACCUUUGUUCCCAAGUCUUAGAGGGAAAUCUGAGGUGAUGCUGUACUUUUUUGCUACUCGGCCGGUCACUCUGCUUGUGCCUCUCUCUUCUUCAGCCUAUCUAUGUGGCGUUCCUAGCUACACUUUCCCACAACUUUUACAUUCCAUCUUGUAAAAAAUAAAAUAAAAAUAAAAAUAAAAAUAAAACCCUCCCCCACCCCCAGAAAAAAAAGAAAGUCUGCAAAUUCUUUCAAGACAGAACAUAAAAACAGUUGUUCCUCUUGUGAAUAUCCAAGAAACCUCAAGAACAGAACCAAACAAAAUAUUGUGGGAAUGCAAUAGGCAGAGAAGAAGAUCAAGGAGGAGCAGCAAGCCAAGGCAGGUUUUCCCGUGGUAGAUAGUUUUAAACAUUUCGGAAUGGUUUGUUUUGUAAUUUUGUAGUUAUUUUCCUUUCUCUUCUUUGUUGUGGUUGGGAUUGUUCUGUGAUAGAGAAUAAAUCGAUGGGAGCAAGAUAAUUUUUGCACUAUAAAUUUCAUGUUGCUCUACA